GGAUGUUUUACGUCACAUAUAAUUUUUGCUCUCUUUUGUUAACUAUUAAUUAAGUUAAUAUAAGUUUCGUUGAGUACAAUGCUACCAGUAUCGUUUGAAAGAAAACAAAAAACAUCAACCGGAAAGUAAAAAAUAACGAAAGUCUAAACAAAAUAAAAAAAAAACAAAAGAAGAACAUUCUUUCGAUCCAUUCGUUUGAUAAUUUUUCAUAAAUAAAACUAUGAGGAUUAAUGUUCAAUUUUUCAUUAUUUUCUAUAUUCAAUUAAAGAGUUUGAUAGGAAAAAAUGAAAGAAAAAUUGACAAUAGAGGAAAUUCGUUUGAAUUGAAUUGCUAUUCGAAUUUUAUGAUUCAAAUUGAAGAAGGUCCAGUUUAUCCGAUUGAAAGUCAAUGCGACCUUCAUUAUAAUUACGUAAAAGAGUAUUUUGCCUUAAGAUGUAAUUUUAAAGAAAAGUGCUCCAUAAAAAGGAAAUCCGUUCAUUUUAUUAAGAAUUGCACGCGAUUCAAUGGAAAUAUUGUGUAUACGUGCAUUAAAAAGGUUAUGGUGGCUAUAUAUCCAAUAAUGAAUACUGCAUAUUUAUUAGGAUGUCCAAACCAUACAACUUUAAAGAUUAAUUACCUUUGGAUAAGCUUUUAUAAAUAUUUCGUGAAAACUUUACUUAAUCAAAUUUCUAAAGAACUCCUUGAAAAUGUUAAAAAUUCCAUCAAAAAUAUUGAAAAGCUGUUAAUUGAACAAUGUAAUGGAAAGACAAUAUGCAAAUUUAAAGAUUUAAAACUUAUAAGAAGAUGUCCUAUUAUUAAAAUUCUUCACGAAUGCAUUCCUUCUACAUCUGAAACUACAAUUGUGAAUAAUCAAGCAACAUUAUCAACGAUAAAUGGCGAGCAGACGUCUUACAGUACGUCCCAUGGAAUUUAUACAUCCACUACCGAACGAACGGUUAAUAGUGAAUUUUCAACAACCGAUAACGAAGAAGGGACCACAGCUUCGGUAACCUAUUCAACGAAACAUCAGCAAUCCUCUCCAAUUGGCAAAAUUUCAACUACCUAUUCUCAAAAAAGCCAACUUUUAAACAAAGAAGAAGAAGAGAAGAGAAUCACUAAUAUGCCAAGUAAGGCAAUAGGAACUUUCCAAACAACUACUGAAGAUUCGAAUAAAACUAUGCAUAAUAGCUCUCGUUUCACUGCUAAAGAAAGCACAAUGGCAUGGAUUAACACAGAUAAGCCAAUUCUAGAAAUUAAAUGCUUGGAAGAAUAUUCUGGUAUAUUUCAUUGGAAGCAGACAAAUGUAACAAAUUUCGAGGAAGAAGUUCUUGUUAGCAGUUUAUGUCCUGAUGGAGAAAAUAAUGCUACCAGAAUAUGUUCGUACAACAAUCAAGGUUGGUUAAGAAUGAACACUUCUAAUUGCCAAUCGAGCGAAAUGUUGGAAAUAGAUCAAGAGCCGAAAUCUCAGGAAAAUUUAACAAAUACAGCAAAUAAAAUAUCCAAACUGACACAAACAGGUCGUCUAUAUGCUGGGGAUAUUAGUCUAACUGGAAAAAUCCUUCAAGUAUUAUCUAAGAAUAUAGAAAAUGUUACGUUUACGCAGGCAGAGAAUAUAACCAAGGCUAUUACCCAAUCUGUUAGUAAUCUUCUUAAACCCGAUAAACUUCUCGUUUGGGAGGAACUUUCGCAAACAACUCGACAUCAAACUGCUCUUAGAAUGAUCACUAGCAUUGAAGAGACUACUAUGAAGAUAUCAGAUAGUAUCUCUUUGCAGAGAAACAAUACUGAUUCUCUAUUAAUAGAAGAGGAAAACGUAGUUGUUAGUAUUCAGAAAUUGAAUAAUUCAACUCGACAGUCAAACACGGAAUUCAUCUUUACAUCGUCGAUUGGAAGACAAUCAGCCUUCGGCCGGAGCGAAGAUGGUGAAGAGGAUUCGACUAAUUCUAGGAAUGAAUUUAUUAUCCCUCGAAAGGCUAUUGGAGGUCUUGUGAAUGAUGAAAGCGUUCUGAUCUUUAUCGAAUAUUCGAAUAUGGAAGAUGUUCUUCUCAAUAACAAACGCAUCGUCGAAGAAGAAACAUGGCGAGGGGAAAUGAAUGAAACAUUGACGAUUCGUGGAAAGAAGACGGUAGAAAGUGAAAGCAGAAAAGGAAAAAGAGUGUUUAACAGUAAAGUAAUUGCCGCCAUUUUGUCGACAAACUCAGUAAAACAAUCGGCGUUGGAGAGUGACGUAUUUUUGAUAGUCGAAAGGAAAGAUAAAAGCUUAGUGGGAAAUACUGAAUGUUCAUUUUGGAAUACAACUUCAACGGAUAAGAAUAAGGAAGGAGUUUGGUCGAAUCACGGAUGUUUUAUGAUGAAAGAGGAAAGUAACAAGACGCACGUAAAGUGUAGAUGUAAUCAUUUGACAAACUUUGCGAUUUUAAUGGAUAUACAUGGAGUUGAUAAAAGUUUAUCGGAAAUUGAUCGAUUUGCUUUAAUGAUAAUUACUAGAUGCGGAUGUUGUGUAUCAAUUUUUUUUUUAAUGAUAACAAUUAUUAUUUUCGCAAAGUUCCGGAGAAAAUUUUAUGGUAAGGUGACGAAGGAAGCGACUUUUUUGAUUAACAUAAAUUUGAGUAUAUCAUUAUUAUUGGCGCAAGUGAUCUUUUCUAUAGGAAUACCGCAAACAUCAAAUAAGAUCAUCUGCCAUGUCGUCACAACAGUUUUAUUGUACUUUCUAUUAGCUUGUUUCAUGUGGAUGGGUUUAUACGGUAUUUUAUCACUAAUUAUGGUUAUAUUCGUAUACGAACCAAAAUCAUCUUUAAGAUGGAAAUUUCUAUCAGUUGGAUAUGGUAUACCAAUACUAAUUUCAAUUGAUGUCGUAAAGGAUUUCUUUCUAGAAUUAAAGGAGAAGACUUAUUGUUGGAUUGACAAGAAACAUUUUAUCUAUUGUUUCAUUUUACCCCUAUGUUUGGUAAUAUUCAUUAAUUUAAUAGCAUCAAUUGUAAUUUGCAUCAAAUAUCGACGUUCAACGGC